AUGUGCAUCGUAAUUUUCACAACAGCGCAUCCAGACUACUCGCUCAUUCUCAUCGACAACCGUGAUGAGUUCAUUCUGCGACCUACUUCUCGACCGCACUGGUGGACGCAUCCCGAAUCAGGCACCGAUGUUCUUUCCUCGCGGGACCUCCAGCGGGCAGCAAAGGGCACUUGGCUAGGCAUUACCAAGACGGGCAACUUGGCUGUGCUGACAAACUAUCGCGAAGUCGACAGCGAUGACGCUCAACAUCCAAUACAUGGCAUCAAAAGCCGAGGCCGCAUGGUUAACAUGUGGCUUGGAGGGCUGCCAGACGAGGGAAUAAUGAAGGGUGUAAAUGAGCUUGUCCAAGAUGGCGGCGUCAAGGGCGUGGGAGGAUUUUCGAUGGUAUGCAGCAAGCUGAAACGAAAAAACGAAGGCAUCGCCAUUGUGAGCAACAGAGCUGCUGACGUGGAUGAUGUUCCGUUGGUCGGGCUUGAGCCGGAUGGCGUUUGGGGGCUGAGCAAUACGGUAUACAACGAUCCCAACGAGUGGCCCAAGGUGACUGCGGGAAAGCGUCUCUUGAAGGAGGCGGUCAUGGAGGCCGCGGCGAAGAAGUCUACUGAAGACGAUCUCAUUGCAAGCCUCUUCUCAGUCCUCGAUACGGAAUCCAUGCCAGAACGACCUCCAGGAUCAAGCCUGCAGGAGUAUAUGAACUUGAUGAGGCAUACCAUCUUCGUGCCCCCUGUCGGUGACGAAGUUCAUCGCACGGAGAUGGAAAAGGCCACUGCGAAAGGCCGCAUCUUAUGGGCAGAUCUCAAGCAUAACCAGAAGGCAGUCGAAGAGCUCAAGCAAGAAUCAAGGCCAGGCAUCACCCCAAGCACAAGCCCACAUCCACCAAUGGGCUUUGAAGAGGGCAUGUAUGGAACGCAACGACAGACUGUGAUGCUGGUGGAUAACGAGGGCAACACGACGUACGUGGAGCGGGCUCUUUGGGAUGCCAAUGGAAACGAGAUACCCCGAGGGGAAGGAGACGUUGUUUUCCGGUUCAAAAUUGAAGGCUGGGACGAUUAG